UCCCUAUUUUACCUCUCCCGUCUCCUCUCUUCUUCCUCGUCGAUCCCUCUCUGGGAAAUCGGAGAAUGGCUCUUCAAGCUAUGCUUAUCGCCGACGUUCCCAGUCUUCCGGAAUCUGUUUCGCUCUGCUCCAAUGGAUUGUCCGGCGGUCUUGAUUUGAGCAAGGCUACGUCGUUUAGGAUGCCGAGAUUCGCGGUGAUUGGACACCGAGGAAACGGCAUGAAUGCGUUGCAGUCGUCAGAUCGGAGAAUGAGAGGGUUCAAGGAGAAUUCCAUUCUCUCGUUCGACGCCGCCUCCAAAUUCCCCAUUGACUACAUAGAAUUCGAUGUUCAGGUGACGAAGGAUCGUUGCCCUGUCAUUUUCCACGAUGAUUUCAUCUACUCCGAAGAAAAUGGAACAGUUCAUGAGAAGAGAGUGACGGAUUUGAGCCUGUCCCAGUUCUUGUGCUAUGGACCUCAGAAGGAACCCCGGAAAACAGGGAAAACCCUCUUGAGGAAAUCCAAAGAGGGUAAGAUCUUGAAGUGGGAUGUUGAAUUAGAUGACUCCCUUUGCACGCUACAAGAAGCGUUUGAACGAGUUGAGCAGACUCUGGGAUUCAACAUCGAGUUGAAGUUCGAUGAUUUCACUGUCUACGAACAAGAUUUUCUCAUUGACGUUCUCCAAGCAGUUCUACAGGUGGUGUUUGAAUAUGCUAAAGACCGUCCGGUGAUCUUCUCAAGCUUCCAACCAGAUGCUGCGCAACUCCUUCGGAAAUUGCAGAGCACCUACCCUGUUUACUUUCUGACUGAUGCUGGGGCUACGAUUUUCUAUGACAAGAGAAGAAACUCGAUCGAUGAGGCUAUUAAGGUUUGCUUAGAGGGAGGGCUGCAGGGCAUUGUUUCAGAAGUGAAAGGCGUGUUCAAAAACCCCUCAGCAGUCUCCAGGAUCAAAGACUCUAACCUCUCUCUCCUCACUUAUGGAAAACUCAACAAUGUUGGAGAGGCAGUGUACAUGCAGUAUGUGAUGGGGAUUGAAGGUGUGAUUGUGGAUUUUGUUGAAGAGAUCACAGAGGCUGUGACCCUGAUGAUACGGCCUCCAUCAUCAUCGUCAUCACCGCUCUCACUAUCACCAUCAUCAUCACCUUCUCGAUCAUCAUCAUCAUCAUCAAUAACAGAAGAAGAUGAUUUCGCCACGACAAAACCCAAUUUCUCACAGAAGGAGAUUGCUUUUCUUCUCAAGCUGGUCUCUGAGUUGAUACAACAACAAUGACCACCAUACAUGCCAUCUCUUCUUCAUAUUUUUCUAGAUUCUUAUCCUCAACACGACUUGUAAAUACAUUUCUCUUGUAAUUUUACGUUUGAUUAAAGAAGCGGAAAAAAAAAAAUCAAAUUGUUCAAGUGGGUUGCGAUGGUGAUACCCUCCAUCGCCAAUGAGACACCAUCUCUCCGCUGCCUUAACCAUGAAGCAAAGAUGAAACUUUUUUUUAUA